UAUCACAAAGCAGGUCGCGAUCAGGAAGCAUUACGGGUACUGGAACAGCUUACUGGUAAUGCUGUCGAUGAGAAUCGUUUUGCUGAUGCCGGGUAUUAUCACUGGCUUUUGAGUAUGCAAUAUCUUGAAAGGUCCAAAGAUAAUCCUUCCCUCAUCCCGAAGUAUCAUGCAAGUGCAAAACUAGCUGAAAUGUACUACGCUUACGAUGCUGUUUUCCUCUACUGCAAGAAAUCUGCCGAGGUCUGCCUCAAUGCGGAAGACCUGGCGCGCCUGGAAAAAGGUCAGGUGGUGGUACUUCAUCUACCGCCGCCCUUGAAAACACGGUUUCUUUUCAAUCAAAUGCCUUCGAUAUCAGUUUCGAAAUGCCCAUCGUGUAAUAAGAACCAACCUUUUACACGACACAGUCCUGAGACUCUGCUAAACAUGGCCAGAUACCUUGCUGCUCAACAACCCGUACCGAAUAUUUCGCAAGUGCUUAUUUGCUACACCAUAGCUCGUAUAGGACGUGAACUUGGUGCCUACAAGCUGGCACGUGAUACUCUUGAUCGUUUGGGGAGCUUACGAGUGCCACCACGUCUUCAGCGUGAUGUAGAACUGAUGACGGUGAACAUCAGAGCCAAACCGUUCUCGGAUGCUGACGAUCUGUUACCUGUAUGUCACAGAUGUGGAUUCAACAACCCCCUCACAUGCGGAAUGAACUGUAUCCACUGCAAGACGGCGUUUGUACAUUCGUUUGCUACGUUUGAAAUUCUACCUCUCGUGGAGUUCACCGUGGAUCCGAAUCUGCCUAUUGACGAGGCGGUCAAGUUGGUCGAAUCGGAGCCACCAUUGACGGAGUCUAACUUCAAUCCUUUCCAAACUGCAUCGAAGAAAUCAGCCGAGGUCUGCCUCAAUGCGGAAGACCUGGCGCGCCUGGAAAAAGGUCAGGUGGUGGUACUUCAUCUACCGCCGCCCUUGAAAACACGGUUUCUUUUCAAUCAAAUGCCUUCGAUAUCAGUUUCGAAAUGCCCAUCGUGUAAUAAGGUGUUUCACAGUGAUGACUUUGAAAUGGCGGUCUUACAAGAAGGGCAUUGUCCAUUUUGCCGAAGCGUGCAGGAGCGAUCGGAUAACCCUUAUCUCAUAGAUGAAAGC